UGGGAAGGCGAGGAUGAGGACGAAGACGUCAAGGAUAACUGGGAUGAUGAAGAUGAGGAAAAAAAAGAAGAAAAUGAAGAAAAAACAGAAGUAAAAGUUUCAGAAAAGAAAAAAAUAGCAGAGAAGAUCAAAGAAAAAGAGCGGCAACAAAAGAAGAGGCAAGAUGAAAUUAAAAAGAGGUUAGAAGAACCUGAAGAGCCUAAAGUUUUAACGCCAGAAGAACAAUUAGCAGACAAACUGCGACUAAAGAAGUUACAGGAAGAAGCAGACCUUGAGUUAGCAAAAGAAACGUUUGGCGUUAAUAAUACAGUUUUUGGAAUAGAUGCUAUGAACCCAUCUUCGAGAGAUGACUUCACAGAAUUCGGAAAGUUACUAAAAGAUAAAAUUACACAAUAUGAAAAGUCACUAUAUUACGCCAGCUUUUUGGAAGCCUUAGUUCGAGAUGUGUGUAUUUCAUUGGAAAUAGAUGACUUGAAAAAGAUUACCAAUUCUUUGACUGUGCUUUGCAGUGAAAAACAGAAGCAAGAAAAGCAAAGCAAAGCUAAAAAGAAGAAGAAAGGUGUGGUUCCUGGAGGGGGGUUAAAGGCGACCAUGAAGGAUGACCUGGCCGACUAUGGUGGUUAUGACGGAGGGUACAUACAAGACUUUGAAGACUUCAUGUGACAGCGUUUUACCUUCUCCUGGUGUCUUCUUUCUGUUGCCCACAAUCCCUUCAACAUGUAGCACAACUUCCUUUCCUUUCAGUUCUGCCAAAUGCUACAAUCAGAAGUGCAGUAUCUUUUGUGCUGGUUAUUUAACCCCUUGACUCUUAGGUGCUAAUGUGCAAAUGAGGGAACUUGGAUCUUGCUGCCAAGGGGUUAAAAUCGGGAACCUCAGUUGCUACUAAAUCAUAGUAAAAAAAAAUCCUAAUAAUGUUGUCAUUGUUGCUAUCUGAUUCCAUAGCAGCAGUCACUAAAUUGGAAACAAGGUUGCAACGUGACAAAAAAUUGUGUAGUAUUUACCAGCACCAUUCAGUAAUACAGCCUUAACCAUACCUCCUUGAACUACUUCAUAACCUGUCAAGAAAAGCAGUUUGCAGCAAGGGCAUGUGGUGUGCACCUAGUAUUAAAAUUGCUUUGUCUUAAAAUUGAGCUUGAGGAUAUUAAAAAAUAUGUUGUGAAGACUGGUUAUCUCAGAGUGAAGAUACUGCGGCUGAAAAGCCACUAGUUUGAUACUUAAAAAAUAAAUGACCAAAACCCUCCAACUUUGAAACUGAAGAAGGUAAAACCUCUCCAUUGCAUUUCAGGUUGUGGAAUCGCGAGUGCAAAGACUGUCUAGAUUAUAUUUAUCCGAAUAUUUCUAUGGGUGGAGUGCUUUGGAGGGGGAGGGAAACUGCCUGUUUUUAAUUGCCUGGUUUAGAUCUUGAGACAUCCUUGUUUCUUCUAGGCAGCAGCAACGGAACAACUGUAACAGGGUUUUGGCAUUUCCUUUCCUUUCCUUUAUAAAACAUGCUCAGCAAACUGCACCCGAUAACUACAGUUUGGUAUAAAUUGUUACGUUAACAAUUAUGACAUCUGCAAUGUUUUAUAAAGCAACUAAUUUAAUAAAAUCACUAUUGUGAGGACUUAA